GAUUUCUCCAUUUCUUUAGAAAAUAACAUGUGCUGAAAUUUUGAUUUUCAAAUAAUGCGUUCAUUUUCAUGAGUUUUUUCACAUCGUUGUUGACCCGGGAAAGUGUAAAUACAUCGUGACAUGCUUGUUUUAUUCGAAACCCCGGCUGGAUACGCCAUCUUCAAGCUUCUAGAUGAAAAAAAACUAGAGAAAACAGAGAAUUUGUAUCAGUCCUUCGAGACUCCAGAAGCUGCUGGAAAAAUUGUGAAACUCAAGCAUUUUGAGAAAUUUACCGACACCACCGAAGCCCUAGCUGCUACCACCGCCGCAGUCGAGGGUAAACUGUCGAAGAGCCUCAAAAAGGUCCUGAAAAGCCACGUUGACAAAGACUUGCAAGAACAACUCUUGGUAGCAGAUGCCAAAUUGGGGUCAGCUAUCAAAGAAAAAUUCAGCUUACAAUGUCUCUCGAACACCAAUGUCCAAGAACUGAUGAGAUGCAUCAGGUCCCAACUAGACAGCUUGAUAUCAGGCCUGCCCAAAAAAGAAAUGACUGCUAUGGCGCUUGGUUUGGCCCAUUCUUUAUCUAGGUACAAGUUGAAAUUCUCUCCUGACAAAGUUGAUACAAUGAUAGUGCAGGCUGUUUCUCUACUGGAUGAUUUAGACAAGGAGCUGAACAACUACAUAAUGAGAUGUAGAGAGUGGUAUGGAUGGCAUUUUCCAGAAUUGGGAAAGAUUGUUACUGAUAAUGUGGCUUUUGCUAAGACUGUUAAAAUUAUUGGUACAAGGGAGAACACUGCUACCUCUGAUUUAUCAGAUAUUCUACCUGAGGAAGUUGAAGAAAAAGUUAAGGAAGCAGCAGAGAUUUCAAUGGGUACAGAAAUCUCAGAAGAAGACAUCCUCAACAUCAUCAACCUGUGUGAUCAAGUUAUUGAUAUCACAAACUACCGUACACAACUCUAUGAUUAUCUCAAAGCCAGAAUGGUUGCAAUGGCCCCUAAUUUAACAAUUUUAGUAGGGGAAUUAGUGGGAGCUAGACUAAUUUCUCAUGCUGGAUCCCUCAUAAACUUGGCAAAGCACCCUGCUUCUACAGUACAGAUUCUUGGAGCUGAAAAAGCACUAUUCAGGGCUCUGAAAACCAAGAAAGACACUCCAAAGUAUGGUUUGAUCUAUCAUUCCAUGCUGGUAGGACAGUCUAGUACGAAGAAUAAGGGGAAAAUGUCAAGGAUGCUGGCUGCUAAGGCUUCUCUUUGUACUCGUGUUGAUGCCUUGGGAGAAGAUGGAAAUUUUUCAUUGGGUCCUGAACAUAAGGCCAAGCUAGAAGCUAGGCUUCGAGUUCUAGAAGAAGGUAACAACCGCCGAAUCAGCGGCACAGGCAAAGCUAAAGCUAUGUUCGAAAAGUACCAGGGAAAGAGUGAAAUUAAACAGUACCCUGAAGCUGCAGAUUCCACUUUGCCUUCUGUGAGUAAGAGAAAGAGGUCAGAAUCAGAAAAUGUGAAGGAAGAAGUGAAAAUUGAAGAAGUAGAAAUGGCUACUCCCGGUUCUUCUAAGAAAAAGAAGAAGAAGGCGAAGAAACAGGAAGAGGAUAUAGAAGAAAAAGAAGAAGCUCAAGAAGUUGUAGAAGACACUCCGAAAAAGAAGAAGAAAAAGGUGAAACAAGAGCCGAUGGAUGUGUCUGUUGGUCAAGAAGAAAUAGAAGCAGAGGAUGGUUCUGUUAAGAAAAAGAAGAAGAAAAAGGUCAAGCAGGAGUUGGAAGAAUCAACAAGUGAGUCUGUGGAAGUAAAAGAAGAAGUGCCUGGAGAUCCAGGUUCUGAGAAAAAGAAGAAGAAGAAGAAAAAAUCUGAGAGCAGUGAAUAAAAUUUUAGAGGACUUCACUUUGGUUCAAGCAUCAAUUUAC